AGUGUCCCCAGGUCGACGAUCAAUAAUUUUCAGCAAUUCUCUUCUCGUUGCGUUUGAAGCGUUUCAAAACAACACGUGGUCUUCUGCGUCGAUAUUAAAAGACAGUCAAAAAACCUCAACUUGUACUUGUACAACCCAGCAAUAAAAUUUUUGCAAAAUUCCUGCUUCUCACAAAUACACCAACAACAAUUUUAGUGCGCGGCCUGGUGUUGUUCACGAGCAACACCUCGUCUAACCAGCAGUCGCCUUUUUUUGAAAACACAGUCAACAAAACAACAACAACCUCUGUAGCCACUCGUAGCAAGAACAAUCUAGUGCGGCGCAUAAUUCUGUUUAUCGUGUGCAACUUAGCUGCUUCCAUUCGAGCGUGUAAAUUAAGCCAUACAUUUUGUGUUGGUCUCCUUCUUCUUCUUCUAUAGCAGGGGCCAAAAAGACCAGUUCUUGUUCUUCCAUUUUUGUUGAAUUAAGUUGCCUGAAUAAUUUUAUGGCCUCGCGGACGCCCGCAUUUUUGCUGCAAACGCAGACUUGACGGCGCAUCUUCACCUGGUGGAGCUGCAAUCUUUUUCUGCAGCAGAGCAAGGAGGCCAUAAUCCUUGCCGGGAGGGUGAAAGUAGUACCACGACGAGGAGCUGCGCGUGCACCUUCUCUUCUUCUCGUUGCCUCGACGUAUAGCUCGGGCGACAAGUAUUGCUUUUAGAAGGACGAGCUCUUCGCUUACGCUUACCUCAUCUCGUCAAGAACAUCCAAGUUUCCAAGAACCACGAAGAACCGCGAAGGCCUCCUUGCAUCUCGAACGAGAUUGGUCCUUUUCUUGAAGGCAUAAACCAAAGCCGGAUCAUACACCAGCACCCGCACAACAACACCCUCGUUCUGCAACAGAACCUGCAAGAACCAUCAACACACGACCCAGAACAACCACGUGGACCAAGUCAUCAUGUUUUCCGCCAUCGGCAACCUUCUCCGGGGCGGCAAGCAGGAGGGUCCCAACGGCCAGCCCCUGCAUGGAACAUCAAAUGGUGGACCACAUAAGGGGCACCACAGCGGCCACGGAUCGGGACACAAUAAGCAUAGUAACCGGAAAGAUUCCGACCCGUUAACCAGUGAGGACGAAUUAGAUUCCGACGAAGAACUCGCGAUUUUGAAGCAGAAGCAGAAACGCUCGCCGAGUAAUCCGACGGGAGACAAUAACAAUUCAAAUGACGACGAGGAUAAUGAUACGGAGAAUGACAAUCACAACACAGAGUCUUCGGAUAGCAACGCAAAGGACAACGACGACAACUCGUGUAGUUCUGUCGAUAUCACGCAGCUGGGGAAGCAAAAACCCCAUAUUCCGAUCGUCGAUGUCGCGGAUCCCUUUCAGGUAGAGCAGCAGAAGAAAAAAAAUGAGAAGAAGGGGAAGAAAAAGAACGACGUCAUGUCAAGUAUGGAGAAUAAUAACAGUAAGAAAAAGAACAACGCGAGUAGUACUACUACCGGGAAUAAUAGCAACACGACAAACGCAACUUCAGCCGCGACAUCCUUUGCGCAGGAACAACAGGAAGAAUUCGAUAAUUUGAAGAAGAUUCAGGAGCAGUUUGGCGGCCGGUCACUUCACGACUUAUGCUGUGCAAAAGUAUCGCACUCGUAGCAAUUGCAUUCACGCAUGACAAAUCUAGUUCCUGAGCUCAGUCAGCAUUACAAAUUCCAUUUUUCCUUCUGGAAAAAUUUGUGAUGCUAUAAUUAUUUCUCCUAGUACGACACUUUUGCAAUGCAUAUGAGUUCCAUGAUUACGAUACCGCGACGUUUCAACCAGUGGUUUCGAAAAAGAAGAACAAAGACUCGUCCGACUUGAACACCGUUCCCUCUACCGCCUCCGGUUUAAACACCAACCCGAACGCGAAUAAAACCGCGAAAGUAUCCUGAGUAAAAACGUCCCCACACCGUAGUCAAGUUGCAAACGCUGCAACACAAAUCCAGAAGUUUUGGGAGCCACGCAUGACAAAUUCGUUUCUGUAUUGUAGUGCGUUUUAGCAAGGAUAAUCGCAUCACAAACCCAUCUUCUCACUAUGUUUACAGCAUUACAAAUGUCAAAACCAGAUCAGAAAUAGCUUUCAUGGGGAUUAUGCGCAUUACAAGUCUUCCUGUCUUUGCAAAUCUGCAUGACAGUUCUGGGGUGGGACGUUUUUACUCAGGAUAGAAAGAGAAGCAGGACGAGCUGAAUUCCCUGAAGAAAGCGCAGAAGGAAAAACAGGAGAAACUGAUAUCAAAUGCAAAUAUGUCUGGGUCUGGAAACUUGUGAUGCUGAUUGGCGAAUCAUGAGGAUGCCACAACUGACGGCUCAGCAUGACAAGUUUCUGAGUUGCUAGGUGUUGCCUAUUCAGCAUGAGAAGCUGCGUGUUUGCGUAACAGAAAACUGGUGCUUUGGGGUAACGCGCAUAACAGACUUGAAAGUCAUGCUGACAGAGCAUGACAAACUUGCAUUCUUCCAGACCCAGACAUAUUUGCAGUUCAUAACUGACGAAAGUGAACGACCUAGUCGUCGGGAAGAAGUACGGAUCGGAGUAUUUGCUAACGAAUCAAAUCCGCAUGAUCGGUGAAGUAGUUCACGUGGUGGAUAUGGGGGCUUUCAUUGUGAAUAGCGACUUCAUGCACCACGGGGUUCUCGCGCAGAGAAAAAGGUUCAUCGGGAAAGACAAGUACGUAUCAAAUGUAAAAAUGUGUGGGUCCUCUGGGAGAUUCCGAGAUUUGUCAUGCAGUUUUUCCAAGCUCCCCCACGUCUGGAAUGCAUGGCCUGGCAUCACAGCUUCUGCAGCUCCUUGGUGAUGCGUAUUCUGCAUGAGAAAUGCCCUCUCAAGAACAUGGCCAGAAGUGGGCACGGGCACCUUUUCCACGUUCUGCAUCACAGAUCUUUGUAGGAUCCGAAACACGCAUCACAAAUUCGGAUCCUUCCAGACCCAGACACUUUUGCACUUGAUAGUACGCCCCGGUGCACAUGUACGGGAAAGUAUCGUUUGUUUUGGCGAGAAACCCGGAGCCGAAGCCGCAUAUCCUGUGCAAAAACACCGCAGACUCGUACUAAUUGCAGUCAUGCAAUACAAACCUCUUUCUCAACCUAAAACAGCAUGACAAAUUCCAUUUUAUUUCAUGCUGAGCUAAUUUGUAUUGCAUUAAUACGAGUGCGAUAUUUUUGCAGUUCAUACCCCAAAAGGACAAGCAAUUCGUCGCGGACAAAGUGCAAAUCAUCAACGAGGACGACUUUUUCGCGAAAGAAGAGGUGGAGACCGCACCAAAGGUUACCGCCCCGGUCGUGAAACCAACGGCGGAGACCGCGAAACCGAUAAAGCCGCAGUUCGCGUCGAAUGUUACAUCAACUACCGUGCCAACGGCGAGCCUCGCACCCACCGCGCCGACGGUUUCUCUGGGCGAGUUGACGCCCAGUCAACAGUCGAGGAAGAUGUCGGAUGCGACGGGUGGGGACAACACGAAGAGCAGUCAGUACAGCACCGCUGCCGCGUCGUUUAACUCCUGGGCUUUGGCGGACACCGUGAAUAACAAGAUGGUGAAUAAACUCCUAUGCCUUGCAAAUACGUCUGGGUCUGGAAACUUGUAGUGCUGAGUUGUGUAGCAUGAGGACGAGGCCAGAAGUGAUGGCUCAGCAUGACAAGUUUCUGAGCUACUUCUAGGUGCUGCCUAUUCUGCAUGACAAACUGCGUUUCUGCAUCACAGAACACUGGGGCUUUUGCUUUUGCUGGGUAACGUGCAUGACAGACUUGAGAGUCUUCCUAGCCGAGCAAGACAAAUCUCGCAUUCAUUCUUCCAGACCCAGACAUAUUUGCAGUUGAUAACUCCUCACCGGUGGCAACACGGAGUUCAAGAAGGCAGGAGAACAGACCACAGCAAGUACCGCCGCCGAGCCGCUAAAAACUAUCCUGAGCAAAAACGUCCCCACACCAUAGUCAGGAUGGGGAUUUUGCAACACAAACCUAGACCUUUUGGGAGUCACGCAUGACAAGUUGCAGACUGUAGUGUAGUAGAGCUUAGCAAGGGAAGCCGCAUAACAAAUCCGUCUCCUUAUCCUGUUUACAGCAUUACAAGUUCCAAAACACGAUGGGCAAUGUCUCUCAUGGGGAUGCGCAUUACAAAUGCUCUUGUGCUUGCAAAUCUGCAUGACAACUCUGGGGUGGGGAUGUUUUUACAUAUGAUAAAAACGUCGAAAACGUCAGGCGUUCCGGUGACCAAGACGAUUUUACCGGAUACGAAAAUCGUGCCACAGCGGAAGGAGGUGCUGGUGAAGAGCAAAAAGAGAAUCAGAGGCGAAGUCGUCUACGCCAAUCCAGAAGACACUUACUGCUUGAUAACAUCCGAUUACAUGGUCGGGAAGGUCCUCGGACCGGUCAAGAAGCUCGUGGGCGGAGGGUAUAGUGAUUUUGAAAUGUUCUGACUUUUUGUCAUGAUGCAGAAACAGUCUGAUAGUGCUGCCUUAGUGUUGGUUUUCUUCUUACCAUGCAUGAAAUGCAAACAAACACUGACCUCUCUCCAGCAAGCUAUCAAAAAACACUUCUCCAGCUUUCCCCUUCCCAACGGCAUCAAGAAGUUCGAGUUCGGGCAAGAGGUCGAGUUCUCCGUGUGCAUCAACCCAAUUGAAAAAAUCUCCUCCGAAACGGGCUAUUUAGCGCAUCAACUGGACGUCUGCAUCGACGGGAAACCCUCGACCAUGAUUGUGUCCGAUGAUAAUCUCAAUGCGGACAAUUGGCAGACCUACAAUGACAAUGACGACGAUGACACGGGCAGAAAUUCUGCGAAGCAUUCCGUUUUGUCCUCCGAGCCGUUGAAUAAAGUGACGAAACCCCUAACCGCGGACGUGUCCAAGAUGUUCCCCGACAGUGGUAACAAGUUCGGCACGAACAGCGACAAGAAACGAAAAAACGACCCGUACAGCUACAAGUACACGCUUUCGCAUAUGGCGUUCUCAAACGUAUACAUUCUCAACUGUUACACGAUUUGUCAUGCAAAAUGACCAUGACCCGCCAAUCGAUCGAGCUGCUGCGCAUGACAAAAUCUCGGAGGGCUAAGCAGCACUAUAAUCUGCACGAAACCUGUAAUGCAAGACGCGCAAGGUAGUUGUCCCUCUCACCUGUGCUAGUCUUGCAACACAAAUUUAUGUAACAGUUGAGAAUGUAACAGUUGAGAACGCCAUAUCGCAAUUGGAAAAAAACGGGCAAAGGGUGGUCGGAACGGUGGUGCACGGGAAAGCAGAUUUCGGGUUGGUCGAGGGGGAUGAUUUCUUAGGAUCGGUGUUGGUGCCGACAAGAAAGUUAAAAUCUUCCUUCUUCUCCUCCGGGAAAUGGGAAGUCGGGGCGAAGUGCGAAUUCCAGGUGAAGGUGAAUCCAGUGCAGAAUACGUCGGCGAGAGAUCCUGAUGAGAAAAAAUACAUCGGGGUGGACGUGAUCAUCCUGGGGAAAAACUCCGACGAUGAGAGGGACAAAUACACGCAUAAACAAAUGGCCGAUGCGGCGAAGACGACGAAACGCAUCAAGGUGGAGGGGGAGGUGGUCAUCGCAAAUCCGAUGUACGGGAUUGUCACGUCGAAACAGAUCCGGGGCGGGCCGUUGAUGGCGCACAGAAACCGGUUUCUGUCGGAGCCUAUACAUUGCAAAAGUAGCGCAUUUUGUUGGAAUAACAUGAGAAAUUAUCUGCAAGUUGAGAAGUGGAAUUUGAAUUUGUGAUGCAGAUUCAGAAAAGAAAUCUAGAUCUGUCAUGCAGGAAUGUUAUUCGAACGAAAGCGCUACAACUUUUGCAGUCCAUAGAACACGCGGAUGAGGAAAUCUACGAGGGAAUGGAGCUGGAAUUCACCGUGAUUGAAAAUCCGACGCUGAAGCAUGGGGAAAAAAUGUACUCAUCCUUCGCUUCAUUUGUUUCUGGUUUUGGUUCAUCUUUGUGAUACAGGAAAGCGAAUUGAGUUCUAUAAAGAUGCACGACUUGUCCUUGUUCUUCUAAGUGCUUCUCAUGAUGCCGUUCAUGGUGAGAAAAAUUGAGUAUUCACUGUUUUGCAUUUCCCACAUGACAAAUUCAAAUCCAAAACAGCAACAAGCAAGACAUGAAGGAUUUCUACGUCGCCGACGAGGUCUAUGGAGGUGUCAGAGUUGAAAUCGACAAAGUUGAAAUGAUUUGUCAUGCAUAAAAUGCGACACAAAGACUGACUCUAUUGCUGAAGGCGCAAGGGAGGCAGCUUCUAGUGCUGGUAAGGGUCAAGAAUUGGGCUGCUGACUAGCAUGACAGGGAGCAGCCAUCUUGCCCUAAACAGCAUGACAGACUUGCUUCAGAGGCCAGGAAAAUUUGUCAUGCGCCGAUUGGAAACUGUGGGUCGAACUGGUAUAGAUUUUAUGCAUCACAAAUUAUUUCAACUUUGUCGAUUUCAACUCUGACACAUCCAUAAGGUCCGCGUCCUGUACCCCACGAACCCAAAAAUCGUGCCGAUGACAUUAUAUCCUCUGCAAAAGCAUCGUACUCGUACUAAUUGCAUUUAUGCAUUACAAAUUUUUUUGCCAAGUUCAAUCCGCAUUACAAAUUCUAUUUGUCAUGCUGAGGAAAUUUGUCAUGCGAUUCAUACUAGUACGAUACUUUUGCAGUUCAUACAUUAUCCUCCUUUGCAAUGUCAUCCACCUCGAGGCAUACCAAGGAUAAGGAGAAGGAGAAGACCCCGGAUCUCGGCCUCCAGCCAACGCCAACGGAGAAGGCGCCCACGCACAGCGCACUGCAGGUCAAGGGGAACCACACGGUAUUUGUAUUUGAUUUAUUUUUAUUUUGAUUUGUUGACUUCCACGCAUCACAAAUCGUGUUUGUCAUGCCAUAUGCGCAAGUUUGGUGCAGAUUCGAACAAUUUUUUGUAAAAUUCAAUCAAUUUUCCACUUCACCACCAACAGGACGGGCGUGGCCAAGUUUUCGUCGAGGGCCAAGAGACCGUGAAGGUUUCCGUCGUCUCCGUCACCGCAAAUGGCUCCAUGCUGAAAAUUUUGACCGACGAAAUCGAAUCGGUGAAUCCGAUCGAUCCGAAAUCUUUACCGCAAGCUUACCUCCCCAAAUCGGAAACGGGGACGAUUAGAUUGUCCGUCGGCCAGCAGUUCUACGUCAAACUCCAAUACCCCAGGGACGCGAAGAAAAAGAAGUUAACCGCGUAUGACUUAUCCUGGACGAAGCCAGUUCCUACUAGUAGUGAGGAAAACGAGGUGACACAUAUGGAAAUGUCAGAAUCGAAAUUGACAAAGUCGAAGAAUUUGCGAUGCACAAAAUCGAUAGCAGUUAGAGCCUCAGUAUCCAAGUGGCGCAUGACAAAUUUCGGGAGCACCCAAAUCCAGUGUGUCAUGCUGUUUGGGCAAAGAAGACUGCUCCUGUCGUGCUAUGCUGGCAGCGCAUGGCAUACCCCUAAACAGGCUUGCAAUCGGUCUCAUUUUCCUGCUCUCCAAUACAGGCCGCCAGUGCCCUCCGUUUUAUGCCUCACAAAUUUUCCGAUUUUGUCGAUUUCGAUCCUGACACAUCCAUAACACAGGACGAAGUAGAGGAGGAGGAAGAAGAGGAGGAGGUGGUGGAGGGUAUGGACGGGUCCUAUGA